UGAUGAUGAUACGAGUGAUUCAUUUCUACGGAUGGAUCUCUAAGGAUAUGAACUGAAUGUGAGAGUCCUUGGAUGGGUAUGGAAAACCCUUCAUCAUUGUAUUCUUCAAUAUAUUACAAAAUAUAAUACAAGUUGCACUUGGAUGGAUCACCACAGACUGUUAGUUGAAUGGGACCAGAAUAUCUUCUAAAGCAAAUUGCUGAAGUUAAGGAUUUCGAAAAAAGACUUUUGCAAAGAUGACCCAUUUACAUGCUGGUCUCAGCCCAGAGACGAUAGAGAAAGCCCGCCUUGAACUCAAUGAAAACCCAGAUGUUUUGCACCAGGACAUCCAGCAGGUCAGGGACAUGAUCAUCACAAGGCCUGACAUUGGGUUUUUACGUACAGAUGAUGCCUUCAUCCUGAGGUUUCUCCGAGCCAGAAAGUUUCACCAAGCAGAUGCCUUCAGAUUACUGGCUCAGUACUUCCAGUACCGUCAGCUGAACCUGGAUAUGUUCAAAAAUUUUAAGGCUGAUGAUCCUGGGAUCAAACGAGCUCUGACUGAUGGAUUCCCAGGAGUGCUGGAAAACCGUGAUCACUACGGCAGGAAGAUACUUUUGCUUUUUGCAGCCAACUGGGAUCAGAGUAGGAAUUCUUUCAUAGACAUUUUACGGGCUAUUCUGCUGUCCUUAGAAGUUCUCAUUGAAGACCAAGAGCUUCAGAUAAAUGGCUUCGUUCUAAUUAUAGACUGGAGUAAUUUCUCCUUCAAGCAAGCUUCCAAAUUAACACCUUCUAUCCUCAAACUGGCCAUUGAAGGGUUACAGGACAGCUUUCCUGCUCGCUUUGGAGGAGUCCAUUUUGUGAACCAGCCUUGGUACAUCCAUGCCCUGUACACGCUCAUCAAGCCCUUCCUCAAAGACAAGACAAGGAAAAGGAUCUUUCUUCAUGGUAACAAUCUGAAUAGCCUUCACCAGCUUAUACACCCUGACUGCUUGCCUUCAGAGUUUGGAGGGACACUUCCUCCGUAUGACAUGGGCACUUGGGCUCGGACUUUACUUGGUCCAGACUACAAUGACGAAAACGAAUACACGCACACUUCAUACAACACCAUGCACGUGAAGCACUCGUCAUCCAACUUGGAGAGAGAAUGCUCACCCAAACUCAUGAAAAGGUCUCAGUCCGUGGUGGAAUCUGGAACGUUGAAACACGAGGAUCAGCAUGAGAACGAGAACACCCAGCCACUGCUGGCUCUGGACUGAGUUUGAAUUCACCGCAAAGCGCACAACUGCACCAUCAGACUUCAAUGGUACAAGAUACCCAUGAAGCAAAAGACAGGUUUAAUACACAUUAACACACUUUCAGCUUGAAACAAGGCUCUCAGUCUUUGCAGAGCAAGUAAAUGAUGAUCAUCACCAGCCAUCUGUAUGUGUGGCCAAAGCCAAUGGGGAGAUGCCCUGUGGCCCAAGUUCUAAGCUAAUGAGCCUGAUUGUAAAGCAGAACCCCCCCCCCCCGUAAUUUUAUGGUUUAUGAUAUUGACAAUGGUUGAAAUGUUAGGGAUGACUUUGUAUGUUCAUGCACUCAAAGAUACAUCAGUUGAGGUUUCCCCAUACUGUUUAAGCAGGGAUAUUCUCCAGUUUUAUUAAAAUGAAAUUUAGAUGCAGUACACACACAAAUAUAUAUAUAUAUAUAUACAUUUCAAGUAAAGGUGUCUUGAGUUUAAAUAUUGCAGCAACAGGCAUAAUUUAGUUUGCAGCAUGGAGAGAACACCUUGAAACCCAUAAGUCCUUACAGAGCUGCCUCCUCUGCGUUUUAUCUACACACAACACACAUACACACAUACUAAGCAAUCACCAGCAGAAAAUUGUUCAACUCUGCAAUAUGUGAUCUCAUCACCUCAGCUAUUUGCAGGGAUCACUUAUUACAGUCCCCUGGAAAAUAAAUUCUUAACUUUUAAAAGUC